AUGACUACAGCCAUCAUCUCUGAGUCAGCCAACGCAGAAGCGGGCCCCUCGACAGCCCGCUUCCAGCCCGGCCCGUCAACAUACCACGAGUCUUCGCAAUUCCGACACUGGCGAUACUCGCCCGAACAGCUCGCUCAGAUCCGGUCGGAACUGAACAGAAAGUCCGUCGAGGUGGUAGCUAGGAAUCAGGACCUUGAGCGAAAAGCGCAAAUAGAGCUCAACCACAAUCCAACAGAGCCCGCUCCGGCAGCAGCAUAUCUCUCGGUCGAUGAUGAGCUCCUCCUGCUUCGCUUCUACUGUAUCCAGGUCUCCAAGAUCUGUCGACAUGGUUUUGGGUUACCAGAGGUGGUUGAGGCGACGGCAAUCAGCUAUCUGAAGAGGUUUUACCUCAAGAAUAGCGUGAUGGAGUGGCAUCCAAAGACCAUCAUGCCGACCUGCCUCUUCCUCGCCGCGAAGACAACCAACUACCCCGUUCUCAUAGACGCCUUUAUCCCCAAGUUCGCCAAGCUCCAGGCGUCGGAUAUUAUCGAUACCGAGUUCCUCGUCGCUCAGAGUCUGGCGUUUGAAUUUUGGGUCCGAGGUGCGGAUAAAGGCGUACGGGGAUGGUUCCUCGAGUUCCAACAGGAACAACCCUCUCCUCCUAUCUCCGCCCUCCAAGCCGCUCUCCCGAGUACCCUUCUCGCGCUCUCUCGAUCCCGCCUGACUGACCUCGAAUUCACCCAUACGCCCUCCCAGAUCGCCCUUGGGUGCUGGUCACUCUCUGCCCCAUCGAUCGUGCGGAACUUCCUGGACUGGCGCUAUUCCACCCUUCCAACGGCGUAUAACAUGUCGCAAGAGAGGUUGCUGGAGAUACUAGAGGAUGUGAAGUCGGCGAUCGAAAGUGUGGGCGUAGAUGGAGCGGGGGAGGCGGAAGUGGAUGUCAAGGGGGUGAAGGGGGUGGAUAAACGUUUGAGGGGGUGUACCAAUCCCGAAAAGACGCCCGGGACUGCUUUGUACCUGCAGCGAAAACAGCGUCAAGAAGCACAAGAAGCCUCCCUCCGCGCAUCCAAAUCCCUCAAAGCAAACAAAGAGCUCGCCGAUCGGGAUAUGGUCUUUGGCGAUGUCAUCCAGACGGACAAUAAUAACAAACGCAAACCGCUCAGCCCGAUGAUUACUAUUCCUUCACCGAAUCCGGCGGAUAAGGGGGCGAGAUUGGAAGAGGGGGGUAUGGGGAUACGGGAUGAGGCGAUGGGGAUGAUUAUUGGGGGAAAGGGGUUGAAGGAGGUGGGGAGGAGUUUGGAGGAGGAGGAGUGA